UUCAGACUGUCUGUCUAUAAUUCCCACUUUCCCACCAGUGUAAAAUUUACUCCUUCCUAGAACCCAAGCUGCGCGCGAACGCCUGCUAUGGAAUAACUCUAAACUCUGGCUUAACUAGUCACAUUCAGUUUCCUCAGUUACUGUAGGUACUUGUUUGAGUUUGGCACACCUCCCGGUAGUACUUAAAUCAAAUCAGCCAAGCUAGGUAUUUCAUUAACUUUUGUGACUUUGUGCUUAUUUUUAACAUGUCGAUGUUCUGCCGAUUUAUUGUGAUACUUUCACUAUUGGAUGCUGCCUGUUUUCAAGCAUCCUACACAGAUGAAACCAACAAAAUUUUGGAAGAUUUUAAUGAAGGUUCUCUCGAAAUCAAGAAUACUGAAAAAAAUCACGCAGAUGCUCCAGAAAUAUUGGUAGCAAAUUAUAACGGAACUUCCAUUGAAAUUUCGGAAGAUUUUAAUGAAACUUCUCUCGAAACCGAAAAUUCUGAAAAAAAUCACACGGAAGCUCCGGGAGUAUUUGUAGAAACUUCUAACGGCACUUCCAUCGAAAUUUUGGAAGAUUUCAAUCAAACAUCUCUCGAAAACAAGGAUGCUGAAAAAAAUCAAACAGAUGCUCCGGAAAUAUUCGAAGAAAAUUAUAACACAUCUUCUAUUGAAACUGGAACUGCUAAAAACAAAUACAAACAAGAUCCAGACAAAUUUGAUUUUAAUCAAACUUCUUCUGUUACUAAGACGGGUGAAAAAAAGUACAGAAACAGAUGUAAAAUGCAAAAUAUGUCAAAGGUUCAACAUGAUGCUUUCAAUCAAUGCAUUUCCCUCUACAUAAACGGAUCAGAACUACAAACCGAGCUAGAAGAUUCCAGGAAAACAGGAUCUAUGAAAAUGGUGUUUGAAAAACAAUGCGGAAAAUGGCCUCUCAUCAAUAAAUGUGUUGAAAAUGCUAAGUUAAGGAUCAAAAGAUGUUUGACAUAUAGCGAUGAAAAAUUGUAUAACCAGACAAUCGAUAUCGUUAAAAACUUGCAGGGAUUUUUGUGCUCCAUUCACGAUGGAUUCAUGUUAAGACAGUUUGUGGUUGAAGGAGGAGUACAAUGCGUACAAGAACAAUAUCAAGGCAUGAAAAAUUGUUACAAUGAAACUGAACAAGUCAAUUUCCCAGAAACCGGCGAUUUUUUAACAGCAACUUUAUCAAUGAUUCUGUUCACAUCACGUGAUUCAAGUUAUGAUUGCAGGUAAUUACUUUUUCACAUAUUCGAAGACCUAUUAAUAAUUUUUAUAUUCAAUGAUUAUUUUAGGGAAUUUCUCAAAACCCGCCAUUGUGUCAACGGAGUUUUGAAGAAAUGCCCAAAUGGUUCAGCAGCUUCUAGUGUAGAUGCUUCUUUUGAACUUGUCAAGAAACAAUUAAGUUGUGAAAUUGAUCCGGAACUUUUGAAAAUUAUCUGGUAUUUUAUUGUUUCCUACGUAAUUCUUAUGUACUUUUAUUUUUAUUUGAUAAUCAAACAGAAGUUUGUAGUGACUCGCCUCGAAGCGCCGCCAACAAUUUAAAAAAUUGACUUAUCGCAUUUAAUAACCAUCGUUAAUAAUUAUUGAACUUUAAUAUGUGUCUUUUAGUACCUAUUUAACGUAGCAAUAAAAUGGGUGACAGGAAAUUAAUGAAUGGGUACAUUAUUUUUCGGUAAUGAAAAUUAAAAUUCCUACAUACCAAAGAAUUAUAUCGCUCUUUCUACUUUUUUUAUGUUCUAUUGAAAGUGAUUGCUAAUUUAGCAGGUAUAGAUAGGAAACAUACUUCAACAAAUAAUAGCUCUAUUGUUUUCAUUACUCAUUUUUUUUUCCAUUACUCAUCUGAUAACGCUGAAACUUUGUUAGGAAUAAGUUAUAGUUUUAGAUCAGUAUUCCUUUGUUUUUG